CAGAGCCAAAAUCUUCAGGAGGGAAGGGACCACCAGCAAGUCUUGCUUGGCUUCAGGGUUCACUUGAUACCUGUGCCACAGCAAAGCCUCAGCCAUGAAGAUCCUUUACCUUCUCUUUUCUGUCCUUUUCUUGGUGCUCCAGGCUUCUCCAGGUUUGUCUUUGCCCCGGAGGGAAAUGCUUUUCUGUAGAGGAGGGAGCUGCCACUUUGGAGGGUGCCCUUUCCACCUGGUCAAAGUUGGAAGCUGCUUUGGGUUCCGCUCCUGCUGCAAACAGCCAUGGAAUGUAAGAAAUGUUGAUGAGCCAUUCAUUGAAGACCAAUGAAAAUUUCUUCUAAGCCUACAAAUUUGCUUGGAAUCUCCUUACUCCUAAACCCACUGGAUCCUGCUGCAAAGCCUCACACUCCUUUCAUUGCCAAUGCAAAAGGCUUUAUGAAAUAGAGUAAAUCCAAA